CAAAUCAAACACCCUCUCUACGAAAAGAAAGAAAAAACUUCCGGGUACCUUUGACUCGCCCUCGCUUUAACUUGAUAACUUUUUGAACGGAGUUUGGUUCAGUUUGUUACCUUUUACAUAACGAGGAGUUAACGGAAGAACAGACACGGAAGAAGAACAGACACUGACGGUUAGAAGACGGAAGAAAAGGAAGAAGAAAAAGAAGUUAGUUCUCACCUCCGUGAAGGAAGAAGUGGAAGAAGAGAAGCGGGAGGAGAGAGAGAGAUGAUGGAUGAGGUGAAGCCGAGAGGAGGCGUCGUCAUGGUGCCCGGAGGCGUCACAGAAGAGGAGGAGACUCCUCGGAGGGAUGCAAACAUUUACUGCAACCACACCGACGACAGUCUCACUUCCGGUGCAGCUGAGGCCACGCCGGAGGCCGCCACGGAAAUGGAGCAAACCAAAGACCUCCCAGUGACGCCACAGAAACCAGGACCUAUGGUCGUCCAGGGCAACAACAAGAACCCAGCCAGUGAGAAGCUGGAGAGAGUGCGCAAGUGGAGCAUCGCCACCUAUAAGUGCACCCGGCAGGCUCUGUCGGAGAAGCUCGGCCGAGGAUCUCGUACGGUGGACCUGGACCUGGAGCCUCGCCUCGAGCUGCUGAAAGACGACCGACAACGCUACGACAACGUGACCAAGCUGGCUCAGACGCUGGCCAAUCAGCUCGCUCAGUUCUCAGUCACCCAGAAGACACUGGGGGACGCCUUCAGCGACCUCAGCGUCAAAACGCCAACACUGCAUGUGGAGUUUGGUGUGAACGCAGAGGCUCAGAAGUUUCUGUCAAAGAGCGGCGAGAGUCUGACGGCGGCCAUUAACACCUUUACAUCCGACAUGAACACUCUGAUCAACAAAACCAUCGAGGACACUAUGAUCAACGCCAAGCAGUACGAGGCUGCCAGGAUGGAGUAUGAUGCGUACCGAGUAGACCUGGAGGAGCUGAACCUGGGGCCCCGGGACGCCAUCACCCUGCCCAAACUGGAGCUGGCCCAGAAGGACUUCCAGACCCAGAGGGAGCGAUACCAGAGCGUCCGGGACGGCCUGUCCGUCAAAGUCAAGCUGCUGCAGGAGAACAAGGUUAAAGUCCUCCACAAGCAGUUGUGGCUACUCCACAGCGCCGUCGCUGCACACAGUUUAUCAUGUCAAAACUUCCUGGAGCAGAACAUGCGGCAGGCCGGCGAACGCCUCAACGACCCCAGCGUAGACGCCUCCUCCUGGCUGGAGGAAAGUUGACGCAACCAAACAACAACCAAAAUUGGCCACGUGGACGGAAGUUGGGUUCGACGGAUGUUUUGUAAUAAAUGGACUAGAAAUGUUCUGAUGCAUGUGGAUUUUGGGAUAGGUAGGUAGGUAGGUAGGUAGUUUAUUUAUACCAAAGUGGAAUGGGAGCUUUUGGGUUUGGGAUGGAUUUACAGCCUCUGGAAAGUGUUCGCUACAAAUAUGAGGAGUUAGAUACAGCAGUUUACAGGGAGAUUAUUUGUUUUGGAUGUUGAAUGGGGGAAAACCUUUUAAAGGCUCGGAAAACGUGCAAUUUUAUCACUUUCCAGGUCUAAAAAUGUGGUUCAGAAGUCUAAAAAAGCUUUGAAAAGGACGUAUUUUAUUUUGAAUUCUUAGCAUGAUUAACUCUCUGUUUCUAUACUAUACAUCCAUUCACAGACGUACAGUACUUGUGACUUCUGACCUGUUUAACAGAGACGAACCCCCCCUGGUU